GAAUGAUAAUGCACGACCCCAUGUCUCAAGGAUCUGUACACAAUACCUGGAAGCUGAAAAUGUCCCCGUUUUUCUAUGGCCAACAGAUGCUUAUCUGUAUUCCCAGUCGAGUGAAAUCCAUAGAUUAGGGCCUAAUGAAUGUAUUUAAAUUGACUGAUUUCCUUAUUUGAACUGUAACUUCUUGGAAAUUGUUGCAUGUUGCGUUUAUAUUUUUGUUCGUAUAAGGAACCUUUUUUCCUGGAAUGUAGCGCUAAUUUAAGAAAGGUUAUGAUUGUUGUGUGUAGCUAAAUUUGGCCACUUUGCUGUAGCUAUAACCUAAAUGGUAUUUUAAUAUCAGGGAAUAUUGCCCUUAAUUUGAUUGAUUUUAUGUUUUGUUAGUGUGGUUAUAAGUUGUUCAAGUUGACCUAAAAUGACUACGUAGCAAUGCAUAGGCUUCCGUUGACCACGCUUAUUUAAUAAAUAUGAGGACAGACAUUUACAUUGUUUUGUGUUAGCCCAAAAGUUUCUACUUCUGUCGUUUUAUUAAUAUACCAAUAGUUUCGUAACUUGUGGUGCGCAUAAUCUCUUGAAUGAUUGUCAAUUGUCAAUCAUCUAACUAAUUAGUGUUGCAAAAUAGGCUACUACUACAUGUCAAAUUACCAAUGGUCUGUUUGGUAUUUUGAAAUUGUAAUUUGUAUUUCCCAAAGGCUGAAAAUUCACUCAUUCAAACUCUUGGCAGGCAAUUUCAACCAUAAUUAUGCUAUUAAAAACCUACUUCUGAUAAAUACAUCUCGAGCUGUGUGCACUCCCGUCUUCAACCAUUCGUUAUUUCUUGUUACUCUAUAGUGAAAAUAAGAACCUACUAACUCAGCCACCUGUGAUUACACUUAGGCCUAUCCUUGCCUCGUGGGGAUGCGCAUCGAUUUGUUUCAUGUAGUAAAAUGCUCUUUAAACCUUUCAUUGGUGCGCUUAAUAAUUCAAUUUUAACUCUUCACUAAUUUGAGCACAUUUGCUUGGUCUCUAAACACUAUUGUUUCUGUCAUAUUCAGAAGUGUGCCACAAAAUCUGGGUGUAUAAUUUAAUUGAACAGGGAGCUUAUUGUGCACUAAUUUCUCGUGUGUCGCAGACACCGUCCUUUAUUCAGAUGGAAACCUAAAGUGCAUUUGAUAUGAUAAACUCCAAAGCGGUUAGAACCAGCAUGCAUUAUCCAUUCACAUUAUCGCCAUAAUGAAGCGAAACGCGAGACUGGACAAGAGGCUUUCUUUUUGGAUUAUUAAGACUGUGCACAUGUCCUCGCUUGGCUACGGAUCAGUGUUGGAUGAAUUAGUAUUUAGCAUUAUUAUAUGCAUACGGUAAAUUAAUAUGUUUACAUUAUUGGUGAUAUUGUGUUGGUUGGAUUGUGUUAGAUAUUAGGCGGGCCGUUGGAACCCAAUUUGAGUGUGCCAUUUGGGUACAUUCCCAUAACCACUUAUGUGAUGUCGCAACCUUUUACAAAACGUCUAUUAAUGCUUUCUGUUUGCUUUAGAGCCCUCUAUUUCUUUCGUUCUUUUCAAAUCCUCGUCUUCACAUAGCCUGUAAGAAACCUACAUUUUUGUCUCCUAUUCUUUCUCUCUCAAAUAAUCAGCCGUGUGCCAAAAGUGUCCCUCUUGUUUUUACGCGUGCCAGUCACCUGCUGUCUCCCUUAGCCGCCCUCAUUCUCUACCCCCGUUUAAAGAAGCUUGCCUUUCUCUUACCAAUUCUUUUGACUUUCAGUAGUCUGUUUCUCUAAAUAGAUUCAGAUUGGGUACAUAUUGAGUUCCCAUUGUCUCUCAAGGGCUGUACUAAGCUAAUUAAAGUUUAUCCUACCAAAUAAAAAAGCAUCUCCCGGCCUCGCUCCUGUUAAAUUCGCCCAUCGCUUUCCAGCCAAACUCCCCCAUUUUUACCCCAUGAAAAAAUCCUCUGUUCAUCGAGUCAAAUCAAUUGAAAAACAUUUGCAAAUCUCCAUUAUUCGUGGAUUUUUGUCUUUCUCUUUUCACAAAAGCCACAGAAGCAGCUUGCUGCUUUGUGCAACUGAGCCGCGCAGGGAAGCUAUGAAUUCUAAAUAAAUUACGCAUUGGGGUACUUCUCUUUUAUCUUUCUGUGUAGCCUACAGCUUUUCUUUAUUUUCACUUUAUUGUUUGUAAUAAACUUUUACGCAACACUAAUAAGACAUCGUUUUAAAUGUGUCUGUUUCUGCCUGAGUUUAGUUGCCCCUAAAUAUGGACUAAUUCGCUGGUAAAUUAAUUGUAUGAUAUCCGCGCAAUCACUUAUUCUAUAGCAUAUCCAGGUUAUUUUCUAUUCACAAUUAAGUACAUUUUUUAUUAAUAGUUGUAUGUAGCAUAAAGUUGUUUGUUUCAGUAGGUUAACUGGGUCGUGAUUACUGCCGCUUGCAUAAUCUGUGUCCAUGGGUCCCACAUGUGCCCAUGGGAGUUUUACAAAAACACUUGUUGAAAUUCAAGCGUCCAAAUUAGCAAUAUCAAACUGGAAAUGGUCUGUUGUUGCCAAAGGGAAUUUGAUAAAUCAUUAGUAACUACUCCAAUGUACUCUGAUAACGUUUUGUGUGUGCGUGUGCGUGUGCGUGUGCGCGUAUGUGUGUGUGUGGCUAGCUAUAGUUCUCCAAAACAUGCAAAACUAGACACUCCAUAACAUGUUUAGGUUAGUUUCCUGCUGUAUGCUAACUCAAAUUCGCCAAGACAACGUCAUUAAAUAUUGUAUGAAAAUGUUUUGCCAGCAUAUUUUUCUCUAUCUAUUUAGGGAUUUCAUGAAUGUAUCUUAACUGCAGGUCCUUUUAUUUCAUAUGUCUAUACCUUCCCUUUUACAUCGAUGAUAUUACAGACCAAUAAUAAUUGAAUGAGCUAGGCUACUGUUUACUGGAAAUAUCAAAUGUAAUUCUUACUGCUUAUUCAUAAGGUCUAUUUUUAUAUUUCUUCAAUAUCCUAGUUAUUGUCCAUCCCUCCCGGCGUAUUUCUUGUUCAACUGUCUAAAAUCACAUUUCUUCGAGUGCAAUAAAUGUUAAACUGCAAUAAAUAUAAAUCAAUCUCAAUGUGUGCAAAUCCUAUUCAAAAGCGUAGAAAAAAAUCCCGAGAAGAAAAAUCGAGGGGGGGGGGGGCCCUAAAAAGCAGGUGUUGAGCAGUAAUCUCUUUUCGUGCCCUGUCACUCACCUUCGUUCUCCCUUGUCACUUUGUCGCAUGCAGCCUUCUCACUUCGAGCGCCUUUCUUCAUUUUCAUCUAAAAAAAUAAAAAUCUCGUCCUGCAGUUGUAAGACCCCAACCUGGUCCAGAUUUCCCAACCAUCCCCUUGUAUUUAUCCAAAUAAAAGAUGAGUGCAUCGAUGUCAAAUUGCUCUCAAAACACCAUGAAAGAUUGAUUUGCAGCACUUUCCUUUCAGCUGACAUUAUUGCGAAGAGAGCAGAAUAGGGAACCCGCGAGCUUGGAUGGAAUAAAGAUGUUCUCUCUGCUGGAAAAGGGGGAAAACUACCCAUUUACUCCCAGUCCAUCAACCCUGAAAAACAGGAAAAUAAAGAGCCAUGUCUAUUCAAAGAGAGUCCGGUACACCUCUUAACACUGUCACAAUUCUUAAGGCUUUAUAUUAACAUUCAUUAAUAUUUAAGGCAGGGAUGGAUAGCUGAAUCUCCCAUCGCAUAAAUUGCUUCUCAAAUUCAGUAAUGUUAUUAAUUGGCUUUAGGGCAGGGCUGUGAAGGGAACGGUUUUGUUAAGCCUGUUUCUAUUGGUGUAGACUUUGUAAAGUUCUACUUCCAUGAGUGUAAAAAUGACUGCAAUAUUCCCAUUUUCACUUGUGAUGCGUAGGCCUAUAGCCAAUAGGUUUAUAUCACUUUACAUAAUCUCUAGAUCAUGUAGGCCUGUAGCCUAACCUACUCAUUUAGCAAGUAAACAAUUUGUGACCUUAUUUGAGUCACUGUAAAUUAUGUGGUUAGAUUUGCACUGUAAUCCUACAUGUAGAUGAUGCAUGGAUUAUUUAACUUCUUACUUGUUCCGUUUAUAUUUGAAAGAAAUACAGGCCAAAUACAUAAUUUCGCAUGUAUGUUAUGAAUGCUAUGUGAUUGUGCGUCUGCGACGCAGGUUACACUUGCUAUAGGCUAUCAAUUCGACUAUUACUGUAUAGGCGAAUAACAACGUGCCAUGCUGAAAAUGUAUGUCGUGUUGUAUAACCUACUAUUUAAUGAUUCUGAACAAAGUUAUGGUCCUUUACAAAAAGUAAUUGUUGCCUAAGUGUAAUUGGUCAUAUUCACAGUCAAUGAGGCAACACGUUUAUUUUCUCAAUAGACUAAUGCUCUGAAGUAAAAUCAUUUUAACUCAGAAUUAUUCCAGUUAUUAUCUUGUUUUUUAUGCUAAACUAAGUUUGUCUUUAUUUUGCUGCCUUGGGUUUUUCCCCUGCCCCGGAGCAUUUUGGGGCACGCUACUGCUGCUGCAGCGCAAGACGCCGGAGGUUGGUGAGAGAGUGGUUGUAUUUCGCACCAUUAGACACCCCAGUUAACAGUCCCGUUCCCUUGACACACACCUCCCUCCCCUGCCCCCCUGAGGAUUGGCCACUCAAUAAAGAGCUUGGCUUUUUUUCUGGUAGAACAAGGCUCCAGAACAUAAGGGGAGGGUCAUUAAUAACUAAUUAGAGGGGGUCACACCAGCAGCAUAUAAAGACUACCAGGACUUUGAAAAGGCGAAACAUUUUAAAACUUCAGGCAGCAAAGGAGGACGUGUAUUUGGCAAAUAGCCUAGUCUGAAAUUGUUGUGCAUAUAAGUAUUCGUUUAUUUUUAUUUGUGUGUGUGUUCCAUUUAUUCUCCAUACAUUAAAAAAGGCAGAUGGACAUCUGAAAUUGCGCACCUACUUAUAUUUCGAAUUUUUUAGAUAAACCUUACAGAUUUGUGGCACCAUGGGUUCCGUGUUGCCCGCUGAAGCAUUGGUACUGAAGUCUGGAUUUAAGCAACAGAGUUUGUCUCUGUCUGAAAUUAUCACCUCGGACAUUCUCCAUAGUUUUCUCUAUGGUAGAUGGAGGAACGUGCUUGGGGAACACCUUUUGGAGGAGAAGAUAAACGUCAGUCCCAAAACAGCUUUCACGGCAGAGGUCCUUGCGCAAUCAUUCUCAGGGGAGGUUCACAAGCUCUCCAGUCUGGUGUUGCCAAGUGAAGUGAUAAUAGCCCAGAGCUCCAUCCCUGGCGAGGGCCUAGGAAUCUUCUCCAAGACCUGGAUCAAAGCUGGGACAGAGAUGGGGCCUUUUACUGGCCGAGUCAUCUCUCCUGAGCAUGUGGAUCUCUUCAAGAACAACAACCUCAUGUGGGAGGUGUUCAAUGAGGAUGGUACUGUGCGCUACUUCAUUGAUGCUAGUCAGGAGGAUCACCGCAGCUGGAUGACCUAUAUCAAAUGUGCCCGCAACGAGCAGGAGCAGAACCUGGAAGUUGUGCAGAUUGGCAGCAGUAUCUUCUACAAAGCUAUGGAGACCAUUCCCCCCGACCAGGAGCUGCUAGUGUGGUAUGGAAACUCACAUAACACAUUCCUGGGGAUACCCGGAGUUCCAGGAAUAGAGGAUGACCAGCAGAAAAAGAGCAAAACCGAUGAGUUUCAUAUUUGUGACGGCUCCACCUCCUCGUCCUCUGCCCUGCCUACCACCGCUAGCCGGAUGCGCUGUGUCAUCUGCCACCGGGGCUUCAACUCUCGCAGCAACCUGCGUUCCCACAUGCGCAUCCACACCCUGGACAAGCCCUUUGUAUGUCGCUUUUGCAAUCGGCGCUUCAGCCAGUCGUCCACCCUGCGCAACCACGUGCGCCUGCACACUGGCGAGCGGCCAUACAAGUGCCACGUGUGCCAGAGUGCCUACUCUCAGUUGGCAGGACUGCGGGCACACCAGAAGAGCGCCAGACACCGGCCCGGUGGUGCUGGGGGAGUGGUGGUGGGCCUCCACCAGGCACACUCCCCCCCACCCCCCCAGAUGACCACGGUGCCCCACCCAGCCUCUCUGGUGCACCACAUCCCCACCAUGGUCCUGUGAAGGAAAGCUUUGUACAUUCAUUCCAAUCGGCACAUCCCCUCGACAGUGAUGAUCGUACUGCAAAAUGUGAUGCUUUUCUACAAGUCUGCACUUCCUUGCACAUAUUUGAUGUAAAUUAACUGGCUGUAGUGGUGUCACUGUUAGAGCUACCGGCAAAUGGACUUUCUGAUCACAUAUAAUAGUUUGGCCCUCACAAUUUCUCUUUUACAAUGCACUAUGUAGGAUGAAGGUGAUCUAGGUACUGGAAUUCAGUUAACUUACUGUCAAAAAUGUAACUAGACCUGAUGUUGUCACUGUGACCGUUCUUGUGAGAUUAAGUUUAAUCUCUGUGUAUUAAUCAACUGUGGAUGACCACAGUUGAUUAAUAUAUAUAUAUAUUUGGGUCCAUAAUAUACAGCAGUGUAUUGAUUGGUUAUGCCAGGUACCGUCAUACUGAUAACAUAUAGAAAUCCAUUUAUUUUAUAGAUAUUUAAAAAAUCUAUAGGUCAAGUUGUGAAUGGUUUAACAUUUUGAAGUUAUUGGAAGUUAUUUUUCUCUCUUACCAGUGCAUGGGACAAUAUUGGGAUGUUCUUGUACAUCUUCAGAGGUACUGUAUCUGGGAGGCAAAUGUAGUUCACUUUUGUUUGCAUGCAGUUUUUCAUUUAUUUUUUUGAAAAAAAUGCUCUUUGUUUAUUUCCACCUGAAUGAGGUAGCCCAGGCUGACAGUCAAAUUGAUUUGUACAAACAAGAUCUGGGUUUGGGAGUACAUUCACAUGUUCAUAACAUUGAUUAACUCAUAUUUUUGACUAUUGGAACAAACAAGAAUUGUAUAAUUUGCCACUGUAAUGGAUGAAGGAUCAUUUGAACUGGUCACUUUCCAGACUCUCCCAAUAACCAUUAGCUUUGUUGUGUCCCAGUCAGGGAAUAGAAUGAUUCAUGACAUGUAAAAACACUAUAUAAGAUGUAAAUAGAAUCCUAAAAUGUACUCUAUUUCCAGAAUUAUUGAACAGUCACUUUAUCUCUACAUGUACAGUAUGUAUAACUUAAAUUACAAAGUGGGGUGCAGUGUAUUACCUAUACUAUGUUUGCAUAUAUAAAUUACUUUGUAUUUUCACCAAGUACUCCAAAUAAAUCAUUGUAACCUU